AUGUCAACGUUUUGGAAUGAAUAUUAUGACAGAUGGAAUGAAUAUAUAAGUGCGAAUUUGAAGAAAAUAGUUACAGAGUCAGACAGAGUUAAGGAUCAUGGCUUUGAUGAAGAAGAUGACUAUUACCCAUCAGAUAUUGCAACAGGUGAUAGAGUGGUUUAUUAG